AUGAUUCAUAGAGGAUUUAUGGUUUUUAUAAUCAUUCUUUUGUAUACAACAGUGUUUGGUAUUACUUCUGCAUCACAAAUAAAUCAAAAUGUAAUAGAAGACAUACUAUCAAACGCUCUUUAUAGACGUGACUCAUCAUCAGACACAAGUAAUUCAACACAAGGUUCAACUCCUCCUCUUCCUCUUCCAGGAACGCAAUUCCAAAUGCCACUAGUAGUUGGUCCAACCGCAGCUUCAUCGAUUCUUGCACUGUGUGCUAUAACAAUAUUAGGAGGUGGUAUAACGAGAAUGUUUGCCCGGAAAGAGAAAAAUGUAAAUAUUUUAACAAAUAAUGAAGAACUUACGUCUGUAAAGGUGGAGCCUGGAAUUUCCACACAACAAUACACAUAUAUAUAA